AUGGGCCCGCCGGCGAGCCCAAAACACUCAGCUCGUGGCAGACAAGACCGAAUCCUCUCCCGGCGGGAGAUCGAGGGCCUUAUUGCAGAUGGAAAGCACAUCAUCAUUCUGGAUGGGAUGGUCCUCAAGGUGGAUGCUUGGAUCCCAUUCCAUCCUGGCGGAUAUAAAUCUAUCAUGCAUAUGGUUGGGAGAGAUGCUACGGAUGAAGUUACGGCUCUACAUUCCCUUGAAGCUCGCCAGCGGAUGAAUUCGUAUAAGAUCGGCCGCAUCGAAGGCCGCUGGAUGAAUUUCCUGCCCCCUAUCCAGGGUGGGAAAUUUCGCCCGUACAACAAGGAUGGGCCCCAUGCAUCCUCCGAUGAAGUUGGCGAGGAUGAUUCCUCGGAGCAGGGCCUCUCGGAUCCUCCCUCGCCAAUAUUCGAACCCAUUGAGAACACAUCCAGACGCAGAGGGCCGGCAUCCUCUGUCUCUUCUGUAUCAUCCGAAUCUCCCAACUCCUCUCCUGAUCCGAAACCAAACUCGAGGCCUCGUUUCCUAGAUGCUCGCACCCGAGAGGAAAUGCUUGUGGAUCUGGCGAAAUACCCACCCCUUGAUGCCAAAACCCAGGAUUUCAUCGUCCAGAAAUACCGCUCUCUCCACGACCAAAUCAAAGCAGACGGCUUAUAUGACUGUGACUACUUUGCAUACCUAAUAGAAUCAGUCCGCUAUAGUCUCCUUGGAGGCUUGUUUCUUUAUUUCCUCUGGCGUGGCUGGUACGCAACCUCCGCCGCGUUUCUCGGGGCCUUAUGGCACCAGCUAGUUUUCACCGUCCAUGACGCCGGUCACCUAGGCAUAACCCACAGCUUCCACGUAGACACUGUCAUCGGCAUUCUCAUCGCAGAUUACAUCGGUGGCCUAAGCAUCGGGUGGUGGAAGCGCAACCACAACGUCCACCACAUCGUCACCAACUCCCCCGAACACGACCCGGACAUCGAACACAUGCCCUUCUUUGCCAUCUCUCACCGCUUUUUCGACAGUCUCCGCUCAACCUACUACGACCGCAUAAUGACCUACGACAUCUUCUCCAAAUUCCUCGUCCGCUACCAACACUUCCUCUACUACCCCAUCCUGGUCUUCGGUCGCUUCAAUCUCUACCGCCUGAGCUGGGAAUACCUGCUAAGCGGCCAAGCACCGCGCAAGGGCGCCGCAUGGUGGCACCGCUGGUUCGAGAUAGUCGGCCACGUCGUCUUCUGGACCUGGUUCGGCUACGGUGUCCUCUACCGUAGCAUCCCCGACUGGCCCAACCGACUCCUCUUCAUCUUCAUCAGCCACGCUAUCACCAUGCCCCUGCAUGUGCAAAUCACUCUUUCACACUUCGCCAUGUCCACCGCCGACCUGGGCGUGAACGAGUCGUUCGCUCAAAAAAUGUUGCGCACAACGAUGGACGUGGACUGCCCGCAGUGGCUAGAUUUCUUCCACGGCGGCCUCCAGUUCCAGGCCAUCCAUCACCUGUUCCCGCGCAUGCCUAGGCAUAACCUGCGCAAGGCGCAGAAGCUUGUUAUGCAGUUUUGCAGAGAGGUUGAGAUCCCCUAUGCGAUUUUUACCUUCCUGGAUGGGAAUAAGGAGGUUAUUGGCCGGCUGGGGGAAGUGGCGGCGCAGGCGAGGUUGUUGGCUGAGUGUCAGAAAAGCAUCGUUGCGGAGCAGGGGCUACAUGCCCAUGUUCAUUAG